CUUCCUCCUCCGCUUCCGCCUACAUGGAUUUCGGAGCAGCAGCAGACGAAGCCCCCACCUCGCCCUUGAUCCGCCGCGCCGCUCCGCCUCCGGCCAGAAGUGCCCAAAUUUCCUUUUGGGUCCUUUUCUUCCUCGUGGUCGCUUAUGUCUUCCUCUCCUAUGGCAUGGGAUCCAGCCCCUCCGGGUCUCGGCCGCUCUCCAAGCUCGCUCGCCCCGUCAUCCUCCUCGUUUCCUCCGACGGAUUCCGCUUCGGGUACCAGUUCAAGACCUCUACUCCCAACAUUCACCGCCUUAUUGCCGGCGGCACAGAGGCCGAGGAGGGUCUCAUUCCCGUCUUCCCCACCGCCACCUUCCCUAACCACUACUCCAUCGCCACCGGCCUCUACCCUGCCCACCACGGGAUCAUCCACAACUACUUCGUUGAUCCCGUGUCCGGCGACUGGUUCACGGUGAAUAACCACGAACCUAAGUGGUGGCUCGGGGAACCUAUCUGGGAGACCGUGACCUCCCAUGGUUACAACGCCGCCGUCUACUUCUGGCCGGGAUCGGAGGUCAUUAAAGGCUCUUGGGCAUGCCCUUCCAAAUUCUGCCCUAAGUACAACGGGUCAGUGCCCUUCGAGGAAAGGGUUGAUACCGUGUUGGGGUACUUCGAUCUAUCCGAUGACGAGAUGCCUGCUUUCAUUGCGCUCUACUUCGAGGAUCCCGAUUCACAAGGGCACGUCGUGGGGCCGGACCAUCCACAGAUCACUGAGGCAGUCACUCGGAUUGAUCGGAUGAUAGGGAGAUUGAUCUCCGGGUUGACGAAAAGGGGGAUAUUUGAGGAUGUGACAUUGAUUCUAGUAGGUGAUCAUGGGAUGGUGGGCAAUUGUGCUAACAAACAAAUAUUUCUCGAUGAUUUCUUUCCAGAAAUCACAAUUUCAGAGAGUUGGAUACGGUCCUAUAGUCCUUUGCUCUCAAUCUGGCCUCCUGCAAAUGUUUCGUCAUGGGAUGUUGUGACCAAAAUGAACCAAGUGCUAAAUUCAGGCAAAAUCGAGAAUGGAAAGUACCUCAAGAUGUUCUUGAAGGAGGAUUUGCCUGCUCGGCUACAUUACUCUGAGAGCUACAGGAUUCCACCAGUAAUUGGCUUAUUGGCUGAAGGGUACAAGGUUUCGCCAAAAAGAACUGAUAUUUGCGAAUGCAAUGGAGCUCAUGGCUAUGACAAUGCCUACUUCUCGAUGAGGACAAUCUUCUUGGCUCAUGGGCCACAAUUUGAAAGAGGCAGAAAGAUACCUUCAUUUGAGAAUGUUGAGAUAUACAACCUGAUCACAAGCAUUCUCAAGGUAAAAGGUGCUCCAAAUAAUGGGUCAGUUUCUUUCCCUAAUUCUGUACUCUUGCCAAGUUCUUAACCAACAUGCUGGGGAAAUUGUCUUAUUGCGCUAUUAAUGCUAUGCCAAUGAGCUUGCAAUCACUAUGAUGAGUAUCAAAUCUAACUGAUGAUACAGGCAGUUAAUUGCUUAAGUUACUUCAUUGUAUUUGAAUUUAGUUGGGUAUAGUUAUGAUCUUUCAUCUUUAGAUGUUGCUGUUGGUAGAUGUUUGUUAAGUACUUGGUUCCAUACUAUUUAUCAUUGGAAUACUUCUAACUAGUUUGCUGUAUUUUCUUUAUCUGUCCUUGAUCUCUGAGUGCUCUGAAUUUCUCAAACAACUUAAACUAUAACAAUUCUUCUAGAAAGAUGAUUGACAAAGAAAGGAAUCACACUCGUUUGGAUUGUUUAAGUUCAUUCCAGACUAAUUAAACUAAAGGCAAACAAAAUGUAACAAAAGUAAAUCAACAAAAAUGUCAAUUGCAGUUAAGCCCUGGUUGGUAGGAAGUCUAACAUUUAGUCUUUGUAUAAUAUGGCCUGUGUAAGCAAGACCAACAAGUCUUGCUGAUGUAGCACCAAAAUCAAACUCCCAAAUCACACAAAAAUUUGGGAUGAGAUUGAUAAAGCAAAAGGAUGGCUAUCUCACCUAGAGAAAGAGUCACACAUAAUGGAAAUCUUAUUAAUUGAAAACUGAAUUUUACAUGAAAUACUGAGACUUUUAUAGACUCAUUCCUACCAAAACUACCAAACAAAUAAGUAAAUCUGGAGAUUCAGUCGUAUAACAAACUAAGUCUAAUUAUCAAAUAACUUGACUAAUUACCAAACAACUGAAAUCUAAAUUCGAAAUUUAAAAUCUGAAUCUUAUUCCUAAUCUGCAUCACUUGCAGGUUUAGUUGGCAACAAUAUUUUUAAUGUUGAAUAUGCUUUAUCUAGUUAUCACAACUCAUUUUUUGCCUCAAUUAAGUUUUUUCUUCUCAUACUUUGGAUAUAUUCUUUUUAAAUAUUUAUCACUUGAUCAACCACGGUAUUAUUUUCCAUUUAAGUUAAUCAAUCAAUAGACACAAUGUCAAACCAUGCAUCCAACAGCUAAAUGAUGCUUCCCAAUUUGAUGAAAAUAUUCUCAUAUCAUGGGUACUUAGUGUCAAUAAUUGUGAAUUGGUCAAAUUGUCUUUCUCCCUUUCUCCCUACUCAACUGCAACUUCUUUAUCAUACAACAAAGCUGCUUUUACCUUUGUGCUAGGAUUCUAUCCUAUGUUCCCAUAAUAUCUCAUCAAGAUCUAUUAACUCCAAUUACAUGGAUGGCCAUCAUCCUCCUCAUCUAGAUUUUCAUUUAUCUUCAUAUGCAAAAGUACUACACUAUUAUUUCAAGCAGCAAUAGUGCCAAAUGCACAUUCGUCAUAAGAAAUUAUGUAUGUACUGUUUCUAUGUGAUCGUUAUACACCAAAUUGUUGAUAGCAUCAUCACACCAAUCUCAAAGAUUGUCUUCCAAAUAUUUUUUCAUCUGUCAUUGACUUGUGUAUAACAAGAUGUUUUGCUCAUAAUUUUAUUCGUCUUGACUCACUUCCAAUAAAGAUUGUACAUAUUAAAUUAUGAUAGUUUUUGGCAAGCCAAGCCUGUGAAUAAUAUUUGAAUUCGCUGAAAUUUAUCCCCAUCUUACUCACUAAUUUAGUUUAUAGUCAAUAUAAAAUCAUCCCUGAGAAAAUGACAAGUAAAUCUUGUUGAUUAUAUCCUUGGCUCAUCCUCAGAAUUGCCAUAGUUUAAUAAUAGGAUACUAGGAUGUAAACUUAAAACCAAUAUGCUGUUUGUUUUAAUGCCCUUUUGCAUAACAUAUAGAAUCCUAUUCUAUUGGUGAUAUCCAUGUCAAUGCAACAUUGAUCUCUUUGACAACAAUUUAAUGUGCUCCACAAAUCUCUUUGUGAACCUCAAACUUGCUAGCUUCAGUUUGUUUUCAUCAAAUUAACUGGUUGCAAUUUGACACAAUGAUAACUAGUUCCAUUUUGCUCACACCUCGUUCUGACGUUAUUACUGCAUGAAUUGGUUGCUCUGAUUGAUUCACUGACUUUUAGUGUCAACACUAUCAAAUUUGAAACUGUAUCAUGAUUAUUUUGUUGAGUUUAAGUCCUCCUGUACCCAUUUUAGCAAGUUGUCAUUGUUUUUGGAGCAAAUUGGCCUUACAAGAUCAAAUUUUGUUUAGAUAUAUAAAUAUUUACAGGGGGAGGUAAAUAAAAAUAUGCACAAAUGAAAACUUUGUUUCUAUUUUUGGGUUGAAAAGGAAACUACUCAUACAUCAACAUUACUUUAUGGAACCUAUGACUGCCUUUUUUCCAUUUUGAUGAUCAUUGAAGUCCAUGGUUUUCUAUGUUCUCUUUCCUGUUUUUUCUUGUUGAAUACUUUUGCUAAUUUGUCAAAAAAAAAAAUCUUUUAAUCUUAUAUCAAUCUGAUGUUGGGAAAAAGCUUGGUUGUUGUAUGUUGUUGUUGUUGUAUAUCAAUCUGAUGUUGCUUGGAUUAGCACACUUUCCUCGCCUACUUCAAUUGCUUCAUCUGCAUUCGGUAAGUACAAGGUAAAUUUUCUGAAAGUAAUGUUGUGCAUUAAUAAAUAUUUUACAAGCAUCAGGGGAAUGCAAGGUGCAAUUUAGAUCUGUGGCUUGAACGGGAGUGUGCAGUGGAUUUGCAGAUAUGGCUGGAGUUACUACAUCAAAGUGUCUCUAUGCCAACUUCCUAAAGGUAUAUUUUUCAUGUGCAGCAUGAAUACCACAUACCGAUAAAUCUAGUUCAGUUCCAGGAUAAGAUACUUUUGGCCAACUUCAAGUAAUUGAGACAACACUUGAUGUCGUCGAGGUAGUACGUGAGCUACAUCACAUAUCAAAGGUUUGGUCUCCCACACCAUUUUUUUCCCCUGAGGGAAAGCUAAUACACAUUAUUGUCAAUGUUUACAAUCACUAGGAAGGUAAAGAACAUCUAAAUUGGUAUUGCAUCACCGAUGGUUAAUCUGAUGAUCAUAUUCUCUAGUA